AUGGAGCCGCCCGGCCCCUGCCAGGCGCUGCUGCUCCCCGCUAACGACUCUUACCACGGCCGAAACUGCAGCGCCGAGGAAGGAAUCUACCAAGAUGCCACCCCCCUGUCCUGGAAGAUCGUGCUCACCGUCGUCCUGGCGCUCGUCACCCUGGCCACGGUGCUCUCCAACGCUUUUGUCAUCGCCACAGUCUACCAGACGAGGAAACUCCACACGCCGGCCAACUAUCUCAUCGCCUCGCUGGCCGUCACCGACCUCCUCGUCUCCAUCCUCGUCAUGCCCAUCAGCACCAUGUACACUGUGACAGGCAAGUGGACUCUGGGCCAGGUCGUCUGCGAUAUCUGGCUGUCCUCGGACAUCACCUGUUGCACGGCGUCCAUCCUGCACCUCUGUGUCAUCGCCCUGGACCGCUACUGGGCGAUCACCGACGCCGUCGAGUACUCCACGAAAAGGACUCCCAAGCGGGCAGCGGGCAUGAUUGCCCUAGUGUGGGUCUUCUCCAUCUGCAUCUCCAUGCCCCCUUUGUUUUGGCGGCAGGCGAAGGCCGAGAAAGUCUCUAACUGUGUGGUGAACACGGACCACGUCCUCUACACCGUGUACUCCACGGUGGGAGCCUUCUACUUCCCCACUCUGCUGCUGAUAGCCCUCUACGGGAGGAUCUACGUGGAAGCCAGAUCGCGGAUUUUGAAGCAGACGCCAAAGAAAGCAGGUAAAAGGCUCACGCGGGCUCAGCUAAUCACGGACUCCCCGGGGUCGUCCUCCUCCGUCACGUCCAUAAACUCCAAGGCGCCCGAGGGAUCCAGCGAAACGAGCUCUCCCGUGUACAUGAACCAGGUGAAGGUGAAGGUCUCGGAUGCCCUGCUGGAAAAAAAGAAGCUCACGGCCGCUAGAGAGCGGAAAGCUACAAAGACUUUAGGGAUUAUUCUAGGAGCCUUCAUCGUCUGUUGGCUGCCCUUUUUCAUCAUCAGCCUGGUGUUGCCUAUUUGCAAGGACGCUUGCUGGUUCCACAUGGCCAUCUUUGACUUUUUCACGUGGCUUGGAUAUCUCAACUCCCUCAUCAACCCCGUCAUCUAUACUAUGUCUAACGAAGACUUCAAACAAGCUUUCCACAAACUCAUACGUUUCCGAUGCACAAGCUGAACAUUUG